AUGUGCAAAGAAUGGAGCAUUGUUGAACUGCAAGGCGAGGUGGAACCACAGCCUGGUUUUGAGGUUUCCCUCCCCAACCUUAAAAUUGGCACUCUCUGCCGUCCUUCUUCUCAGGAAGUGUACACUUUCACUGUUGGGUACCAUGAAUUGACUGGAUCCAAGGUUCUUAAGAAAGUAAAGCAACCGCAUGGAGGUCGACAUCGGAUUCUGUUCAAGAACAUACCAAAAGCCAUCAUUUCUAAGCCACAGAUAACAUUCAAGGAAAGACAAAAGCCUAUCAAGUUAGGCUCUGUACCUUCAAAUUAA